UCGCCUGAUGAUUUGAUGUCAGUUGAAGCUGGCUGUUGCUACCAUUUCCUGUAAAUUCUCUCUCUCUCUCCAAUUACUCUCGCCUUCAAGUGGUGGAGUGAGAAAAGGUUUUAAAUUUUCUGAUAUUCACAUACGGGAAGAUGAUGAUGUUGGUCCGAGUUCUCCUCCUCAGUUUGCUCUUUACGUUUGCAUUUGCCGAGGAUUUCUACGGGCUGCUCGGGGUUACUAAAAAUGCAAACCAGAAGGAGAUACGCAAAGCUUUUAAAGAGAAGGCGCUGAAGCACCACCCAGACAAAAACACGGAUGAUCCAGAGGCACAUGAGAAAUUUGUUCGCAUAAAUCGUGCAUAUGAAGUGCUCAAGGACGAAGAAUUGAGAAAGAAAUACGACUUGCACGGUGAAGAAGGUCUUGAUGAGAGCAGGUCAUGGCAGCAGUACCAUUCAUGGAACUACUACCAUGAUAAUUUUGGCAUAUACGAUGAUGAUCCCGAAGUCAUUACACUUAAUAAGGCAGACUUUGAACAGAGUGUGAGUGGGUCUCCAGACAUCUGGUUCAUCAACUUUUACCACCCUAUGUGCUCCCACUGCCACACACUGGCACCGGUGUGGCGGGAGGUCGCUAGGGAGCUUGAGGGAGUGGUUAGAAUUGGAGCGGUGAACUGUGAUGACGAUUAUCACUUGUGUUCUUCCCAAGGCAUUCGUUCAUAUCCAACGCUCAUCUCGUAUCCAGGGAGAUCGAGAUACUCACAAGAGAAGACCAAGGAGGAUUUAUUAAACUACAUGCUCCAGCAGGUGCGAUCUUCUGCUGUGAGUCUCACCUCCACCAAACUAAGAAACCUUUUGUCCAAGGAGGAGUAUAGCACCAGACCAUGGCUCAUUAUUUUCUUUGCUGACAAUGAUGAGGUUGACGAGUUUUGGGUCACUCAGAUCAAGCUAAGUGCUAUUUUGGAUGGCUUAGUCACCGUUGGUUUUGUGGAGUGCUUCAGGCAAAAGGACCUCUGUACCAGUCUUGACAUGCAAACUGGUAUUAAGUUCUUUGCCAGUGGCAAAAUUGAGUCUGGUGAUGGUAGAGAGGUCUCCAGCCUUAAUGCCCAGGAAAUUGCCAAAGAAGUCUUGGAACUCCUGCCCGAGAUGCAGCUUUUAGAUGAAGCCACAUACAAGGUUAUUCGUCAGAACCUGGAGUCACACGAAGACUCUGUAUCCUGGCUGAUCCAGUUUAGUGGAGACAGUGAUGAUGAUGCAUUUGAGAUUCGUAAAUUGCCUGCUUUACUGCCGUCCCUCAACCUAGGAAGGAUAAAAUGUUCUCAGAUGAAGAAGCAGUGUGAUGACCUCUACAUCGCUAAAACACCAUCAUUUAUGCUCUUCAAACCUGGUGGAGGAUAUGAACUUCAUCAUGGUCGAUUACUAGCCCAUGACAUAGCCGUGUUCGCAAGAGAAGGAGCCUCAGCACCACAUUUUCAAAUAUUGACCCCACAAGAAUUCCCUAAAGUGCUCAGCGAUGGGUCUACAUGGUUUGUGGAUUUUUAUGCCCCAUGGUGCCCACCUUGUAUGAAGUUGCUGCCUGAAUUCCGCAAAGCCAGCAAACUUAUGCAAACACCAAUAAAUUUUGGGAGUAUUGACUGCACUCUACACCAUGAGUUGUGCUCCAAAUUCAACAUUCAUCAGUACCCUACCACAAUACUGUACAACCAGAGUGUUCCACAUGAGUACAUGGGCUACCAUACCGCUGCUCAGAUCGUGGAGUUUGUCGAAGAUACUCUCAACCCUGCUGUUGUGGUACUUGAUGAGGCAAAGUUUGAGAAGCUAAUAAGCAACAAGGUAAAAGGUGAAGUGUGGGUGGUGGAUUACUUUGCCACCUGGUGUGGUCACUGCCGGGAGAUGGCUCCAGAGUACAGGAAGUUUGCACGUAUGAUGGAACAUUUACCCAACGUCCAUGUAGCAUCUAUUGACUGUGCAGAAUUUGGUCACAUCUGUAAGAAUCAAGGGAUUUCAAGCUACCCAAGUAUCAUGUUGUAUCCUGCAUCAAGCUUUGGAAAUCAGAAGAUCUUGAAAUUUAACGGAUGGUCACGGGAUGCAGAAGCCUUCCGCCAGUGGAUGUACUCCAACCUUCCCAGUAGAGUGACAGAGUUAGACGAACAAAUCUAUGAAAGAGUUCUUCGCAGCAAGCAACCUUGGCUCAUUGAUUUUUAUGCUCCAUGGUGUGGACACUGUCAAGUGUUUGCCCCUGACUUUGAGGAUAUUGCUCAGGCUAUGGAAGGUUCAGUGAAUGCAGGAAAAUUAAACUGUGAAAAACACCGUCGGGUGUGCCAGGGGGCGGGAGUACGAGCUUACCCUACAGUGCGUCUCUACAGAGGCUCACCCAAUGGUGAUCGUCAGAGUACAGAUGGAAUUAAUUUCCGAAGUCUACUUAAAGAGGAUAUACUUAGUAACUUGCCACACUGGCUACCCAAAGAUAAGAUAGGACAUGAUGAGUUGUGAUUGCGUGUUUGUUAUAUUAGAUAUAUCAUCAUCAGCCUGUACCACUCCUCUGCUGGGUGAAGGCCUUCCCAGAUAUAACACAUUCUACUUUCUUGAACCUUCCCUGCCCACUGACUACUGCCUAUAAAUUUCCUGAUAGGUAGAUCAGUAUCCCAUAUUACUAUUACAAGUACUACAGUAUUACUGUUUUCAUUAUUUUAUUAUUAUUAUUAAUUCUAUUUACAAGGUUUUGAUGAUAUGAUUACAUUUGCAAAGUUUAUGAAAAUGAUCCUUAAGUUCUUGUUAUUAAAAUAAAUUGGUGUUUGAUAUUCUAUAUAAUAUUAGACAUAGAAAAAUUCAGUACACUCUUAAAGUCUUUCCAUGAUGGCAGUUGACUCAUAAAAUUGUUUUGUAAUUUUUUUAUAAAAAUACCCUAGACCAUAAAUUUGUAUAAUUCUCUACCAAUGAGAAUUUUCCUGAUAAUCAAUAGAGUAAUUCAGAAUAUCCUACUUCUGAUAUCUUGCACAAGGGGGUGCAUUAGUGAGUGGACUUGACAGUGAUGAGUAUCUUUCCCUGUGCUAUUUAUUGUUUUUGAUAAGGAGACAUGAAGUGACUAACUUGUUGUCUCACAUAAAUGGUGUCUAGUGGACCAGUUGCCCAGGUUGUACCACAUCUGCACAUAUUUCAGAAUCUCUUACAUAAGUAAAAUUUGAAGUCUG